CCUUAAGGCCUUGCAAAUCAGUGUUUUGCUGGAGCAAAAGCGCAUUGCGCGGGCUUGUCGACGCCGUCGUCCGGUAGCCCCAGCGCGCCCGAGGCGCGAGACCAUAAGUCAGGCAUCCUAGUGUGAACGCAGCCCAGCCCUGUCAAGGCAUCAUAGCCAUGGGGCAGCCUGCCUACCGGAAAGCGCUGCUCCUCUGCCUCGCGGCGGCCACAGAGGCCACGAAGGUCUCCGAGCGCAAGUGGAAGGCCGCGGCCGACGAGGCCCUCGCCACGUUCAAGCCGAUCCGCAAAUCGGUCAACAGCUGUGUGGAAAUCAAAAUUUUACGGCGCGUUCGUCCUGAAUCGUCGCGUCGACCUCCACGCCAUCGACGCGACGCCUGCUCGAUGGCGUGGCGGUGCCGGUUCCUCGCCGCUCGACCGAGCCAGGACGGCCGCGUCAUCGCCAAGAAAUGACUUAGUGAAGAAUUGUCGGGUUCACCCGACGCACUGGUUGAUUUACACACAGGUCAACAGGAAGUGCUUUUUCAGCCUCAUGUCCUCGACGCCGCCGCGCGACGGCCUCGCGAUGGCGAGCGCCGCGGGCCGCGUCGCCGCCUUCUCCCACGUGCCGCUGCGCCUGUGCAAAGUCGACCACGGCGCCGCCGUCGUCUCGACGAAGACCGCUUUGUUAGUAGCGGUGCCCUCGCUGAGCGACCUCGAGCGCUCCGGGACCUGGCAGGCCUUUCUGAACAAGGCCGCCUACUGCCGGCGCACGAAUCGUCCGCUCUACGUCUUCGUCGGCGUGCCGCAGCUGCUCCACUCGCGCCUGGACGCGCCGUGGGCGAAGUGCCGGGAGCGCGGGAGCUCGGCGUCGCUCAAGGCCGUGGCCCUCCUCUCGCUCUACGAGGACCCGAACCCGCCGGACCGCGUGCUGUAUAUGGAGGGGACGGCGUUCCUGUCGGACCUCGCGUUUGGCGAUGAUGAAGACGCGCCGGAGGCAUACUUCGCGCUCGCGCCGGCGGCGGAGCUGGUCAUGCGGCGGGACCUCGACCCCUCUAUUUUUCUCACAAAGCGGUCGGCCUGGUCGUCGCAGGUGCUCGCGCUCUGGUGGCGCGGCCAGUGCGGCGCCGACGACGCCUUGCCCCUCGCGUCGACGCUCUACGCGUCGUGGUCCGCGGCGACCGAUGGCAAGCUCGAGUUUGAGAAGCCGACCUUCGAGACCCGUGCUUGCCUGUGUGGAAAUCAACCAGUGUCGGGUCCUGGCGUGGAGGUCGACGCAGCGAUCCAGGACGAACGCGCCGUAAAUUUGAUUUCCACACAGGAGCGGGCGCCCGGAAGAAGGCGUCCACGAUCCUCGCGGAGGCGCCGGCGAUCCGGCACGACGCGGGCAUCACGUCCCAAUUCUACGGCGGCGACACGACGCCCCUGGAACUUCCAAAGACCUUGCUGCUGCCGUCGUUCACCGUCGGCGAACUGCCGGCGCUCGACGCCCUCAUCGCGGAAACGGGAAGCGCCUGCGCCGGCGGCAAGUGCGAGCCGUUCCUGGCGUCCUCCUGGUCGUUCGCGGGAGCGAUCAGAUGGCUCCUCUUCCUUGUCGUCCUCGGCGCGGGCGCCUACGCGCUCGCCGCGCGGCCGGACCUGCUGCGCGAGAUCCUACGCACGGUCCUCGAAUUGGUUGCGGCGGGCGCGAAGUAUCUCUCGGAACUAAGAGUUC